ACCCCGAGCCCUCCUCCUCCCCCGCGACUCCCCUCGAUCUGUCUGCGCCGCCGCCUCCCUUCGACCCCCCUUCGAAUCCAGCGCCGCCACCUCCCCUCGACCCCCCUUCGGGUCGAGCGCCGCUGCCUCCCCUCGUUCCUCCUCUCCUGCUCCAGCCGCCGGCAACGACCACUCCAGCCGCCGCCGAUGCCGACGUGAAGCCGACGAGGAUGGACUGUUGAAGCCGCCGGCGAGGAGCAAAGGGCCAUCUGCGGAUUUCUAGUUGAUCUCUUCCUCCUCCAUCAACCUCCUCUGCAUAUCUCAAGACGCAAGAGCUGAGAGCUCGAUGGGGAAGUCAGAGCCGGAGUGCGUCAACUCGUCGAACCCGGCCCACGAGUGCAACGAUUACUGCCUCAACAAGAUCGCCGAGGCCAAGCGCCGCCUCCUCGAAGAGCAACCCGACUCGUGGAAGGGCCCCCCGGAGGACCGCACCGUGCACCCUGACUGCAUCAACGCCUCCAACCCCUACCAUGGCUGCUCUGAGUACUGCUUUAAGAAGAUUGCCGAUGCCAACGCAGCGGCGGAGCGCGGGGAGCCAGAGAAGCCUGCUGGAGGUUCUGGCAAAUCAGGAGUCGCUCCAGAGCAGGCCGAUGGCGAUGAUCAUUCUGGGCAGCAGGAGGACGCCGCCACCGCGGAUGACGGUUACCCGCAGAUGACCGAAAAGCAGAAGAAGCUGUUUGAGCUGCAGCUUAAGAUGAACGAAGCUAGGAAGGCGAAUCAGCAGGCGAUGGUUGCGGAGAAGAAGAGUAUGGAGCCUCGUGGCGAGAGCAGAGGCAUAUCUAAGGAGAAGUGGUUGGAAGACAGGAAAAAGAAGAUUGGAAAGCUGCUUGAUUCAAAUGGCCUGGAUAUGUCGAAGUCUUACAUGCUGGAUACACAGGAUAUGGCAGAAGCAAAAUACAAGAAGUGGGAGAAGGAACCCGCACCGCAUGGCUGGGAUGUUUUCAACCAGAAAACCUUGUAUGAUGCAUACAAGAAGAGGACCAAAAACAUAGAAGUCGACAUGGAUGCAUACAAUAGAGCGAAAGAAACCGAUCCUGAAUUCUACCGUGAGGCUUCAAGUCUUCAAUAUGGGAAGGUGUCUAGGGUGGCGGAACCAAACAUCGACCGAAUGGUUAAUGAGCUCAAGGAGCGGGACGAGAAGCGCAAGGCGUUCAGCAGGAGGCGCAAGUUCAACGAAGACAAGGACGUUGACUCGAUCAACGACCGGAACGAGCACUUCAACAAGAAGAUCGAGAGGGCCUUUGGCAAAUACACGCUCGAGAUCAAGAACAACUUGGAAAGAGGGACGGCCUUGCCAGAUUAAGGUUCUGGCGUUUGGGGUCGCCCACUCAACUCUGCGGUACUGUUUCCCCCCUGGUUUCUUUGCUUGUAACCUGUGUUCAGAAUAUAUUUUCUGAAGUGUAAGAAAGUGAAACAUGGAUGUAAUGUAAUGAUGAUGCUGUGACUGAUAACAUGUACAAACAGUUCUGUAUCCAAAGUGAGCGUUUGGCUCCAAUCUUGCCAUUA